CGGGCGGGGAGGCGGCAGCUGUAACGCUGCGGGGAUGAGGGGAGUAGAGGCAGCUGCCGCUGGAGCUGCAGCGGCUGAGGAACAGCAGCCCCGUCCCGCUGGGAGGCGGGGAACGCGCAGCCCGUGCAGCUCGGCAGGGACCCCCGGUACCGGGAAAGGCAGCCCGAAUGGAGAAUGCAGGCGGGAGUUAUCAGAGGCGCCGCCCCGGGAACACAAGGUGUCCUUCUCCACCGAACCCCCACGGGGGUCCUCACCGGAGAAAGAGACGGAAGAUGGAGAGGCCGGUGAUGGAGAUGUCCGGAGCAGCUUCAUGCAUCGCCAGCUCUCUGCCAUGCUCCAGCCCGGGGUCAACAAGUUUUCCCUGCGGAUGUUUGGCAGCCAAAAGGCAGUAGAGAGAGAGCAGGAGAGGGUGAAAUCCGCGGGGUCCUGGAUCAUACACCCCUACAGUGACUUCAGGUUCUACUGGGACUUCACAAUGCUGCUCUUCAUGGUGGGGAAUCUGAUCAUCAUCCCUGUGGGCAUCACAUUCUUCAGGGAAGAGACCACCACUCCAUGGAUUGUGUUUAACGUAGUGUCGGACACCUUCUUCCUCAUGGACCUGGUUCUGAACUUUCGCACAGGCAUUGUAAUUGAGGACAAUACUGAGAUUGUUCUAGACCCACAGAAAAUUAAGCGCAAAUACUUUCGCACGUGGUUUGUGGUAGAUUUUGUGUCCUCCAUCCCUGUGGAUUACAUAUUCCUAAUUGUGGAAAGGGGCAUUGACUCUGAAGUGUAUAAAACAGCUCGGGCUCUACGAAUUGUAAGGUUCACCAAGAUCCUCAGUCUUUUGCGGUUACUUCGGCUUUCGAGACUUAUUCGGUAUAUACAUCAGUGGGAGGAGGUUUUCCACAUGACUUAUGAUCUUGCCAGCGCAGUGAUGCGGAUUAUCAACCUGAUUGCUAUGAUGCUGCUCCUCUGCCAUUGGGAUGGGUGUCUUCAAUUUCUAGUUCCUAUGCUCCAGGAUUUCCCCAGUAACUGCUGGGUCUCUAUAAACAGAAUGGUGAACGACACAUGGAGUGAGUUGUACUCCUUCGCCCUGUUCAAAGCCAUGAGCCACAUGCUGUGCAUCGGGUAUGGGCGCCAGGCUCCCGAGAGCAUGUCUGACAUCUGGCUCACCAUGCUGAGCAUGAUAGUGGGCGCUACAUGCUAUGCCAUGUUCAUAGGACAUGCCACGGCUCUUAUCCAGUCACUGGACUCUUCCCGAAGGCAAUAUCAAGAGAAGUACAAGCAAGUGGAACAGUACAUGUCCUUUCAUAAGCUGCCAGCUGAUUUUCGCCAAAGGAUACAUGAUUAUUAUGAGCAUCGUUACCAGGGCAAGAUGUUUGAUGAAGACAGCAUCCUAGAGGAACUUAAUGAACCCCUGCGAGAGGAAAUUGUGAACUUUAACUGCCGGAAGCUUGUAGCAUCUAUGCCACUCUUUGCCAAUGCUGACCCCUGCUUUGUGACAGCCAUGCUGACCAAACUGAAGUUUGAAGUUUUCCAGCCGACAGAUUACAUCAUUCGUGAAGGAACCAUUGGAAAGAAGAUGUACUUCAUUCAACAUGGAGUGGUUAGUGUCCUUACCAAAGGCAACAAGGAGGUCAAGCUGUCAGAUGGGUCAUACUUUGGAGAGAUCUGCCUGUUGACCCGUGGCCGACGCACAGCCAGUGUCCGCGCUGAUACGUACUGCAGACUCUACUCUCUUUCUGUGGAUCAUUUCAAUGAGGUUUUGGAGGAAUACCCAAUGAUGAGGCGUGCAUUUGAGACCGUGGCCAUAGACAGACUGGACAGGAUUGGGAAGAAGAACUCCAUUCUCAUGCACAAGGUUCAACAUGAUCUGAAUUCAGGAGUCUUCAACAAUCAGGAGAAUGAGAUAAUCCAGGAAAUUGUAAAGUAUGACCGGGAAAUGGUGCAGCAGGCAGAACUACAUCAAAUUAGCGGGGGGAUGUAUGCCACCUGCAAUCCUCCAUCACCGCAACCGCAGGUUACUUCAGCCAUAGCUACCCUGCAACAAGCUGUAGCCAUGAGUUUUUGUCCUCCUAUGGCUAGCCCACUGGUGGGAUCCCCCCGCAUCAUGAGAAGGCUACAAUAUGCUCAAGGAGGGCCUGGGGCGUUCUCUCUGUCUCCAGCCCUGUUCCAGCCACCUCUCCAACUGUUGCAGCAUCAUCCUCCCCCACUUCAAGCUCAACGUCGAUCUACCACUGUCAUCCCCAGCCCACCUUCACAAUCUCCACGAGUCUCCCAGAACUUUGCCUAUCCAGCAAAGGGCCAAACAGGUUCACAAUUAUCUCUAACUCAGUCUGGCGCUUCUGUUUCCCCUCAUAGGCUUUCUGUCUACAAGAGUACCCAUUCUUUACACUCUGGCACGCUCACCCGUGAAUCUCGCCCGCUGUCUGCAUCACAGCCCUCGCUGCCGCAGGGGGCAUCACAGCUUCGUAGCCCACCAGCUCCCCCUUCAACUGCUGGCAGCUUCACUCCUCCAGGGGCUAAGGGAGGAGGGUUUGGUCCACAAUCUGGGCCAAGGGCUCCUGUCCCUGCACGGUUGACCCUUUCACACCAGCUUUCCUCAUCUGGUUCAGUUGCUGGUGUUUCAGACUCGGCAGGAGAUGCCUCAUUAGGGGGCAGGAAGGAUUCAGUGGUCAGUGCCCCAGAUACUGAUCCUGGGAGGGGACGGCUGUCUGCUAACUUGUGACACAGUGAAAGCGGAUAAUCCACCUGCUCUGCAAAGAGUGGGACAGGUAAUUGAUGGUGUGCAAUUAUAAAGGAGGUUGACAGUAAAAAUUGUGCCCACUCCUUUAAUUUGUGCUGCAUUAUUCCUUUCCCUUGAGGAGCAGAGCAAUCUUCUACAGUCCCUCAUAACAACAGAGGGGUUAUUUUGUGCACAAAAUGUUAAAGCUUUAUGUUACAUCAGCAAUUUCAUAAUGUAACACAGGCAAACUCCCCUGAGAUGUUGAAAUAAGGAAUCGGUUUUAGUUGAGGACAUAUGGUCAAACUUCCCACGCAUAUAGUAAUGACAUCUAUCACUUAUAAAAAGAAAAAAAAAAUCAGUGGCAAUGUUAAGGACUGUGAGGAUAUGACCACUUGUUAGUAACUGUAUUGUAAGUGACAAACACGCUUUAUCAUCACUUAACUGUUGGUACUUCCAGCGCCUGUUCCGUAACACGGAAGCUGGACUGUAAUGGCAGAAACAGUUGUCGUUACAGUUGCAGAGAAGCUGAAGUCACUGUUAGGCAUUUCCUGCCCAAAACAAAUUAAGCCAGUUGGUAGGUUUAGCAAACUGCAGGCGGUUUGUCAAGGAGAUUGUCUACUUUAGGACUAUUAUGAUCCAGUGACAGUGUCAUGGUUGAGGGUCAUGUAGUAGUUGCCGACUUUUUGUUUUCCCUUAUAAAAAUUUGACACGUAUAUUUAUACAUAAACUAUUAUUGAAAGAGGUUACGAUUGUAGCAUGUGAGAUCAAUUUGUUAUAGGUAAUAGUUGCACAGUUACAGCUCCCUUUUUAGCAAAAACUAAACUUAACGUAGGAUCAUGUGAUAUCAAUGACCCACUUGUAGCAAAUCUGCAGCCUUCUUGUGUGAUCUGUGCAUAAUUUGUGACAUAGGUACCAAUGACACAGGAAAAAAAAAAUCUGAAUUCAUGGGUGCAUGUUAAAAUCUGAUUAAUAUGCAUACCUGCACCAUCUGUGCUGAUUGUCUGGGUACUCGGCCUAGCUAUUCAGUGGGGAAGUAACUAUCAUAUUCAAACCUUUUGAAGAUGUUAUGAAGUGGAGCAAUUGCCCAUCAGGGCGCAAUACAGCUGCUUAGGAUAGUUUAAACCCACAGAACUUUAUUAUUAAUUUACUAUUAAAUAUCCCACUAAUGCCACCAUCUUAAUCCAUGGAGUGUAUUUUAGAAAGCCAUAUUGUGUAUAUCAAACAGCUGUAUAUUAAGAUAUAUAUACCUGUAUAAUCUGUACUAUAAAAAAUCCUGUUGUAUGCAGGGAAAUGGGUAGGUAGCGAAAACAACCAUCAUUCAGCAACCAGUCACGGGGUAUAAUAAUUGAAGCGACCGUCUGAGGUUGCAACCUGGCACAAAGCUCACUUUUCUCUUUGUUUGGCAGAAAGGUGUUGCUUUGAAAUGCAUCCUAGUGAGGGGUAGUCCCAUCAAAAAUCUUUUGUGAAAGGAAGAUAAUCAGUUAU